AAGACUGGUCUUUAGAGUUGGUAGGAGACAGAGCAGGGAGAAGGGGGUGAGGAUUCUGUAUGGGAGGAAGGAGCUAGAAUCCUGCAGGAAACUUCUCGUUCUUCCUGAGCUGGCUGCGGCACACCCUCUGGAUGGCACACCCCUCUCUGGAGUCCAGCUCAGCCCACGAACUCCUGGGAGGAACGCCAGGGCGCCAGCCUUUCCUUUGAGGAGUGGAUGUAGUCCUUCCGUGUGCCCAGCCACCUCGCGAAGAAAAGCUGAAAUCUUAGCUCUAAGGUUUGUGCAUGUAAAUGACCUGGGAGCAGACUGAGUUCAUGGAUCCUCAUCAAACGGUCGAAGACAACCAAGUGGCGCACCCUCAGGACCCUCACCACCCAUCGGAGAAGCCUGUCAUUCACUGCCAUAAAUGUGGGGAACCAUGCAAGGGUGAAGUGCUUCGGGUCCAGACCAAACAUUUCCACAUAAAAUGUUUCACCUGCAAAGUGUGCGGCUGUGACCUGGCACAAGGGGGCUUCUUCAUAAAGAACGGCGAGUAUCUCUGCACCCUGGACUACCAGAGGAUGUAUGGGACACGCUGCCAUGGCUGUGGGGAGUUCGUGGAAGGAGAGGUGGUCACUGCCCUGGGCAAGACCUAUCAUCCCAACUGCUUUGCGUGUACUAUCUGCAAGCGCCCGUUUCCACCCGGAGACCGAGUCACGUUCAAUGGGAGAGACUGCCUUUGUCAACUGUGUGCGCAGCCAAUGUCGUCCAGCCCUAAAGAAGCCUCCUGCCCCAGCAAUUGUGCUGGCUGUGGAAGGGACAUCAAGAACGGGCAGGCGCUGCUGGCCCUGGAGAAGCAGUGGCACUUGGGGUGCUUUAAAUGCAAGUCCUGUGGGAAGGUUCUCACCGGGGAGUACAUCAGCAAGGACGGCGCGCCCUACUGUGAAAAGGACUACCAGGGGCUCUUUGGGGUGAAAUGUGAAGCCUGUCACCAGUUUAUCACAGGGAAAGUCCUGGAGGCAGGUGACAAACAUUACCACCCCAGCUGUGCACGAUGCAGCAGGUGCAACCAGAUGUUCACAGAAGGAGAGGAAAUGUAUCUUCAAGGUUCCACCGUUUGGCAUCCCGACUGUAAGCAAUCUACCAAGACGGAGGAAAAGCUGCGGCCGCCAAACAUUCAUCGUUCUUCAUCCGAUUUCUUUUAUCCCAAAAGUCUGGUUCGACGCACAGGACGGUCUCCGUCUCUGCAGCCUACCAGGACUUCCUCUGAAAGCAUUUAUUCUAGACCAGGUUCCAGUAUCCCUGGCUCCCCAGGUCAUACUAUCUAUGCAAAGGUGGACAAUGAAAUCCUGGAUUAUAAGGAUUUAGCAGCCAUUCCCAAGGUCAAGGCAAUAUAUGAUAUUGAGCGUCCAGAUCUUAUUACCUAUGAGCCUUUCUACACUUCGGGCUAUGAGGACAAACAGGAGAGGCAGAGCCUGGGAGAGUCUCCAAGGACUUUAUCUCCGACUCCGUCAGCAGAAGGCUACCAGGAUGCUCGGGACCGGGUGAUCCACCGGUCCACCAGCCAGGGCUCCAUCAACUCCCCCGUCUACAGCCGCCAUAGCUACACUCCAACCACGUCUCGCUCUCCCCAGCAUUUUCACAGACCUGGCAAUGAGCCGUCCAGCGGCCGGAACUCCCCUCUCCCUUCCCGGCCAGACAGCCGCCCUGUCACUCCAACUUACGCUCAGGCCCCUAAACAUUUCCAUGUUCCAGAUCAAGGGAUCAACAUUUACCGAAAACCACCCAUCUACAAACAGCAUGAUGCAGCUGCCUUAGCAGCCCAGAGCAAGUCUUCAGAAGACAUCAUCAAGUUUUCCAAGUUCCCAGCAGCCCAAGCUCCAGAUCCCAGCGAGAUACCAAAGAUUGAGACGGAUCACUGGCCUGGGCCCCCCUCACUUGCCGCCGUAGGAGCCGACAUGAGACGCAGACCUAGUGGCAGAGAGGAAGAUGACGAGGAGCUUCUGAGGCGCCGGCAGCUGCAGGAAGAGCAACUGAUGAAGCUCAACUCAGGCCUGGGGCAGUUGAUACUGAAAGAGGAGAUGGAGAAGGAGAGCCGGGAGAGGUCUUCCCUGUCAGCCAGUCGCUAUGAUUCUCCCAUGAACUCAGCUUCACAUGCUCUAUCAUCUAAAACCUCAUCUCUCCCAGGCUAUGGAAAAAAUGGGCUUCACCGGCCUGUUUCCACAGACUUUGCUCAGUACAACAGCUAUGGGGACGUCAGCGGCGGAGUCCGAGACUACCAGACUCUCCCAGAUGGCCACAUGUCCGGGACAAGAAUGGACCGGGGUGUGUCCAUGCCCAACAUGUUGGAACCAAAGAUAUUUCCAUAUGAAAUGCUGAUGGUGACCAACAGAGGGCGCAACAAAAUCCUAAGAGAUGUGGACAGAACCAGGCUGGAGCGCCACUUAGCCCCAGAAGUGUUUCGGGAAAUCUUUGGAAUGUCCAUACAGGAAUUUGACAAGUUACCUCUUUGGAGACGCAACGACAUGAAGAAGAAAGCGAGACUCUUCUAGGCCUCCCCCACCCCCUGCCCGCCCCCGCCCCGCGUAGACAGCAGGUAGAAAAAGGACUGACGUGGCGGUGACACAUAAGAUGCUGUGUUAAGGCCCAAACUUGAUUGGAGAACUUUCAAGCUACUGUCCCUCAGCAACGACGAAAGGGGAAACCUGGUGAAAACGCCCACGAGCCACACUUCGGACCCACCACCGGCAACACUUGCCAAGAAGCAACAGGAUAGAAAUUUCUGUGUUCCCCACACUCGUGACCUUUUUCCAUCACCUUAUGUACGCAACAGUUCCUAUAACUGUUGUCUCACAAUAGUGCUGACCGUAUGGGUAAGAGCCAGCAAGUGCCCUUAGGACGCCGCAUGGAAAAAAAGCAGCUGUAGUAAUUCUGAGGUAGGAACAUAUUUAUUAUGUAGCACUGUGGCUAAGAAGGAAGAGCCUGAGGGACAUAUCCAUGCGGGCACACCACUUUGCGCACCCCUGUCCUCACUGGCCUCGCGAAGCCCGACCUGCGCCCCCCAGCAGGAUGGAGAUCAGCGUCGGGGCACCGGGCAAGCUCUGCUCUGAGGGGGCUGAAUAGCCGCCAGAGUCAUUUUUAACACGCUCCUUUUUCUCUACUGUUUGCUAGGACCUGGUUGGCAAAUUACUUCGCUAUUAUUUAAAAACAAAAAAAAAAAUUUUUUUAAGAGAAAGAGAGGGAAAUGGAAUGAAAGGAAUAUCUCCCUUCAUUCUUUUCCUGCUUCAGACUGUGUGCUUCAUUCAGCCUCCCCACCACGGACAGCAGCUGUCCCCCGGCCCCACCGCCCAGAAAGGAAAGGGAGAGGUCCUCUCCGAUUGUGUGCUGUUAGAUGACUUUUGCCCAAGGGGGCCGCGGCACUCUUGGCAAAAAGAAAAAAAACAAAAAAACAAAAAAAACAAAGAAAUGUGUCCCGCCCACGCUAGUCCUUCUUCCACCCAGCAUCCUCUGAAUCCGAUCAAGCCCACCGGCGUUUUGGGGGGGGGGGGGGGGGUUGAGGUCUUUUCAGUAGUCGGCUAAGGAAAGGGCACGCUUUUCUCUCUGCAAUCUCUGCAACUCCAGGGUACAUUGCUUCAGACUGAUUUAAUUUGGCCUUUUCAGCUUUCCUUCUUUGCCUAGCUCUGUUGACUUCAUGGUGUGUGUGUGUGUGUGUGUGUGUGUGUGCGUGUGUGUGCGUGUGUGUGCGUACGUGGACGCACCCAGGGUAGAUUGGGGAGUCUGCGUGUACUUUUACAUCUCAUUUCUGCUUGAGCGUUUGUCCGGCCGGGCGGCAGCUUUUCCAAGGAACAUUUGCACACGUGCGCCUGACUCAAAGGGCGAGAGUGAGGCUACACCGCACCCAACAAGGCAUCCUUCGUGGAAGGGUGUUGGUGUCAGAAGCCAGCAUCCUCCAUGAUUGAUGGAGCUCAGGUCAGCAGCACGCUGAGGAGGAAACAGACCUCCGAUCGGGCUGUGUGUGGAGCUCGGAGCAUCGCACCAGAGUUCACCAAUUUGGCAACACGAGAUUUAAAGCGGGGCCUAGGAUUUCACCAAAACGCGCGUGUAAGACCGCAUCACGGUUCCCGGCAGCUUCCGGCCGUGGCUCAAAUGACCUGUGAGUCGGAUGAGGGAGGGUCUCUCCAGCUCCACACACGGGAGGCUUUCACAUGUAUUCGUGUGCACUGGGGGCUCUGCCUAGGAAUUGAAACUCUGUUUUAAAGCCAAAGGAGAAAUCGUGCGAUUUCUCUUCCUAUGCCUCUGAUAAUAAAGGCUCAGAAGUUCUUCCUGCUGGCACCAAGUAUUUGAACUAGUUGCUAACUGACUCCAGUGGUAAAAAGCAAGGAAACUUGUUCCAGGACCUGUACUGCGAACCUCUAACUUGUGACGCACUCCAUCACCCGGGUGCUGUGCUGAGCUCUGGGCCUGCUCAGUAGCACUGUCCUGCACCCUCGCCAAGGGGAUCGAAAGCCACCUGUCCUUUCAGUGCUAGACACUGAAUGUUUGAGGACUGUUCUCACAAAUAGGAGUGUGUGUGUGUGCGCGCGCGCAUGCGCGCGCAUUGGACCUACUAACGCGUUUUGCAAGUGGCUCUGAUGGAGUGGACCAAAGAAGACCGGCUCCUCCUGGGUCUGAAGCCUCCGGACCGCAGCUCGCAGUUUAGUGCCUCUUGCCUCGUUCAGUAUUUCUGCCGCCCCGACUUCCCUCCGACCUCUCCUGCACCUGCCGCCUCAGGCCCGCGUACCCUAGUCCUUGCUUUGCCCUGGCCCAGUGGGAGGAGUGGAGACCAGAGGGUAUUCCCAGUAAUCAGUCACAAGCAUGGCCAAAUGGGUGCCCGUGCUAGGCUGGUGGAGAGAAGUUUUUCAUUACGGGGAUAAGAAAGGGCCCUCCAUGUUUUCAUUGGUUAAUGAAUUAUGACCCAUGUGCACAUAGAUCAAAUGUCAGUGGGAGAAAAAUUGCAGUGGUAGUUAAAGGUCUGAACCGAAACCUCCCACCAAUGAAACUCUACUUCUGUUGUAUCUUUUGAAUUCAAUUCUGCAUCCAACUUGGGGAUCGGGGGUGGGAAGCUUCUUUCCGUAUUGAGCGUACUAGCUCAUUUAAACUGCACCAUGCAAAAAUGCAUUACCAGAAAACGUCAGUAGCCUCCCGUCUGCGGGCAGAGCAGCGCUGUGCUCUGGGGAGGGGUUGUAGACAACCAUAUCGUGGAGCGGGUUCCCCGACUCCACUCCCGGCAGAAGACUCCAGCUGGAGGGAUGGGCCGUGGGGCAACCUGGUUCUCCUAACUGCCAAAUCUAUUCUAUAGGCUACAAUGGCCUCUCCGUUUUUUUAAAAACCAGGCUCAGCAUGCUUGUCCUCGGCACGUCCAGGCCACCGUGCAGGACAUCCGCGUUCUCUGCUUGAACCCCACUCUGCACCGCACAUAAAAAUUCCACUUGUUAACGCAGCCAAAGGAACAGAGAUUGUUCCCUCUAGGGAAGGACUCCCACAGCUGGCAAACUUUCCUGGCACGUACCCCAAGGGCUCCAUUUUUGAGGGUUGGGCCUACUUGCAAUUCCUUAAGCACACACCGAUUGCAUGAAGCAAAAGAGGCCUCUGGCAACAUGAAAGUCAGUGCUUCCUUUCCGGCUUCUCCCAGGAGAGCCAGGAUACCAUUUAGUCUUCCUGUGUGGUGUAAGAGGAGACGUGAAGAUCAUUUGGGAACUUGUACAGCCCGCUGUGCACCCACAUUUUGGUUUGGGUUAGUUAGGAAAUGUUCUUCAUGUGACUCGUUCAAUAACUAGCAGUAAACUGCCUGUUCUGUGCAACCUCACGCAGAAGAGCCAGAGUUCAUGGGCACUGUGGCCCGCACUCCCCGUGCAGCUCACGUUCUCAGUCUGGUUGUGCCCAUCAAGUCUACCUAGAGAAGUCUUGCUGGAAAUGUUUAUAAAACUUUCACCUAAUUUCUUUACACUUGAAAGCAAACACCUUUUUCUAAAGAAUUGCUUCUCAGAUGAUUAUAUCAAAUAUAUACGCUUUUGCAAGUUAAAAAAAAAAAUUCAAAUUCACUACUUUUGACUAGGUAGGUCUUUCUAAAAAUUCUUUCAAAAAGCUUGGUGUUAGCGUCCUGCGCGUCAAAGGGGCAGGUGAGCCCUCUCUCUGUCAGGAAAGAUGGUGGAAGGAAAGGAACUCCGUGUCGUCCCCCCUUCUGUGUCCUCUGAGGCAAGCUCGAUUUUUAGAUCACGUCUUCUGCAUUCCUGGUCACGGUUCAGUCUACACUUCCUCGGCCAGCCUUGACCUUCUUGAUCUUUGAAAUUGUUUUCUUUUGAUAAACCAAGUGUUUGUGAGUAAGCCCCUACAACUCACUCAUUAGUACUCCCUUUUGAAGAAUGUUCUCUUAAAAAAAGAUGAUUUCAGGCUUGAGAUUUACAGUUGACGCCACCUUAAGAGUGUAAUGUACGUUAAGGAAACUACCCGACUGUGUCGUAAUGAAAGAAAGCAAAACGUUGACUUUGGCCUUUAAAAAAAAAAAAUCGCUUUCCAUUUGUUGCCCAGGAAGCAAUGAGGAGAUGGUGAUGGAUAUGCUUUGCAUGUGGAUUUUUGUGUUUUCAUUUGGGCAAAUGUAACUUAUGGCAAACUCAGAAAGGGGGAGGUGGUCCGUUUAAGCUGAAAGAAACUUUCGAAACAAUGUAUGCAGACACAACAAAAUCGAAUCCAACAUUUUCUGACGCUUGAUGUAAUCGACUGGCAAUUGUUAUCAUUAAAUAAAAUUCUUCCCCAAAGUGUCUUUCUCAAGAGUGAAGAUCCCAUGAGUCACUUUUGGAACCUAUUCACCAAAGGUAGCAGGAGACAAUACUAUUUACGCCAACAUCCAGAAAGGUGGUGAGCCACUUGAUGAUGGUCUAUGCCCAUGUUUCUUUAUCCUGUGGAAGAGAAAACAGUUGUCCACGAUAUCGAUGUUCCUCUUGGGUUCCGUGUACAGACCCGUCCGGUAACAAAUGCGUGUGGUUUCUGUGAGUGGCAGACAAAUCUCUUACCAUCCUUUCCUUUUGAGUUUGGUUUAAUGGAGUUUGUUUUUUUUUUUGCAAGUGUCAAAAGACGUCCAGUUCUUCCUGCCCUCCCCUUUCAGAAAUAUGAAAGUGAAUAUUUGGAAGAGCUGCUGUUGGAAAGAUGUGUCGUGUCCCCCGUGAAAGUGAGUGGGUGUCCGUCUGUGCCCCGAAUACCACAUACUAGUAUGCAGAGGCAGGGGCGGCCAGCUGGCCCCACGUCGCUGUGCUUUAUGGCCCCGACCUGCCCCACGCUCCUGUCGCAAGCAGCACUUGCCGCUUCCCUGCCCCAUACUCUGUGUCACUGUUGUGCACUCGCCACUCAGUGAAUAAAGUGUGUGCUUUAUUCUGUUCAUAAA